GCGCCGCCCGGAAGAAGGGGGUUCAAAGGACGGUGGCUUCCCUGCAAACGUGUUCAGCAUGACCCUGAGUGAGCGAAUGAAGCUGUCCAAGGGGAUGAGGAGGAUCCCGCCUGCUGCCUACACAAUGUCAGCUGCGGACCGCAGAGGCUUUGCCAGGCUCCUGGGCAAGGCCAUCAGACGGCCAUCCUCCACCUCAGACAUACCAGUGCCUGAGGUGGACGAGAAGCCGGCAAACUCGCAGUUCCCUCCCUCCUACAAUGACCCCAGUGUCCCGCCGGCAUUCGCACGCGCAUCCAAGUCUGGGGCUGUUGCGCAUCCCAUCGAGCCGCCUGUCAGCUCUGAGCACCCACCAACCAUGACACCUCCAACAGCUAGCACUGAUGUCCUAGAAGAUGGCAAACUGUAUGGCACCAUUAGUGUUCAGGAGCCAAGCAGGGCUGAGUCGAAGAGCUAGCAGAGCAUGGACUCCUCUGAUCAGGUGUCAUGGCAGGGUUGUGCAGACAUCUGUAGAAUUGAAAUGCAAAAUAUAGCUUAACUGGCUACAUGACUCUUGAUUCAAAUCAUUACAGCCGUACAGGGUCUGCUCUGCCAAUGGUAGACACUCUCAUUUUGUACCACACGCCGAGCUGUGCGCACAGCUCGGGCAUGCCCGGGCACACACGUCCCUCUAUUCAUGUGAAAGUGUCACAUGUAUAAAGGGAUACUGGCGGGCACCUGAAGUGUUGUGAUUUAAGAUGCAUGCUGUCUUGCUGUAAUUUUUGUCUCUCACAUGGU